UGUGUUGGGGUUGUUGCCUCCUGUCUGAUGAGCUGAGCGUGGUUUUUGAAAGUGAAAUGUGUGUUGAGACAAGGACAAGGAGAGAUGUGCAGCAGGGGAUACCAGAGCACUACCAGUCACCACCAUAAACUCGGUCCUGGUAGGGGGAGCUCACUCCUGGAAACUGGAAAAGGUGGGAUCUGGGGAAAGCAGAGGUCAAGGUGAGACCUGUGACCCCUCAGACACAUCUGAGCACAGGGAGCCACGAGCCCCCCCUGCUCUGCUGUGUGGGUUUGGGUUGGGUUAGGGAAAUAAUGUCCCAAGGCCACAGUGCUUGAAUGGAGUGUUAGAAAUCUGACUAGCUCUGGACAGAUGCAGAAGAAAAAGCCUGUAUCCAAAAAAGGAGCUGCCACCAGGAGACAGAAAUUAUUGUGGACAACUGCAAAACUGGAUUAUGGAGCUGGUGCUGUUCUCAGGCCAGGUGAGCAAGAUUAAAAUGCAUAAAGGAGCGGAGGGUGUCUCACAAAAUCAGGGGCAUGUUAUCCCAUGGAAUGCAUGAAUGAGACCAAGCAAAGGAAAAGAGAGACCAAGCAUGGAAAAUUCAUCCUGCACGUCCAAAAUCUGCUCUGAAGAAGAAAAGGUGGAGACGCCACCUAUAGCAAUCCAUCUUGGAAUAUUCCAUCAGGUACCUGUAGCUUGGAAGGACUUUUUCCUGAGCAGUACUCAAGGAGCUCCCUGGGGAAUUCAGGUGUACAACAAAUGUCUCCAGAGCUUCUGUCCCUGUGUGCUGAUCAUUAGCCAAGACAGAAUGGAAAGAAGUCUCAAACUGGAGAUGCAAAGCUCUGGGUCCCUGGUGAGAAGGGGAAGACAACAUCUGGAGCGACCAGAGCCUGGAGACAGACCCCGAUCUUCCCCCAGGCUGGAGGAAAAUCUGUGACUCUCUGGGUACCUAUUACUGGCAUGUGCCAACAGGCACGACACAGUGGCAGCACCCUGCACGCAGCACCAGCCCAGGAGGGCACACGGAGGCUGAUGGAGAUGAGACACUCCAGGGAAGGGUAGGGAAUGUGGGCAGGGGUGUGAGGGCUGGUGUUGGAUUCCACCCCUGGCAGAAUCCUGCUAAAGGACCCUCUGGGCAUGACUGGUCCAGCCUCCCCUUGGAGCACCCUGUCUGUGUGACCCUGAAGUCCUGCUCAGCCCAUUAAUGUCUGGGGUUAAGCCGUUUGAAAGGCUCCAGCAGGCCCCAUCCUGGAGCUUAUCCUAGUUGGACUCAUCUUGACUAUCCAGGACGCUCACAAGCUUGUUGCAGUCCUGGGAGGGAGGGCUCCUACCUGGUGCCUCCUGCCUGCUAAUCUCCGGUCACCCCCUUCCUCCUCUCUCCCAGGAAUGCCAUGGCCCUGCAGCAAAGCACUCGGCGAAGGACCGGCCCAUUCCCAGCCCUAUGGCUUCGCUGUCCCGGAGGCACUCACUGUCCUGGCAUGGAGAUGACUUCCAGCACAGCGCAGAGCCCGGCUCCAAGUGCUUUGCUGUGCGCUCUCUGGGCUGGGUGGAGAUCCCCGAGGAGGACCUGGCACCUGGCAAGAGCAGCAUCGCCGUCAACAACUGCAUCCAGCAGCUCUCCAACAGCAAGGGCCAGGGCUCUGCGGAGAACCAGGGCGAGGGCCAGGAUCUAGUGAUGAUUCUGAAGAAGGACACCAUGAGCCUGGUGGACCCCCUGGACCGCAGCCUCAUCCACCGCCAGCCCAUCCUCAACAUCCGUGUCUGGGGCGUUGGCUGCAACAACGGCAGGGACAGAGACUUCGCCUUCGUGGCCAGUGACAAGGACACCUGCGUCCUCAAGUGUCACGUCUUCCACUGCAACGUGCCUGCCAAGGGCAUCGCCAAGGCUCUGCAUGAGAUGUGCUCCAAGAUCGUGGCCGAGCGAGCUGUAGCGAGCAGCAGGCUGCCCCGCGCUGCCACGCUGGAGCCCAUCUCUGCCGAGGACCUGCCACUGCAAGUGGAUAUCCUAGAAGCGGUGAGGCAGUCGAUGCAGACCUACGAGGCGCUGUACAUCGGCAGCCUGCCCGUGCCCAGGGCCAUGGGGAUGGAUGUGUUGAACGAGGCCAUCGAGAAGCUGACGAGGCGCCCUGGGCGGGAGAACUGGACGCCCUCCGUCAUCUACGUGUCGGACACGGCCAUGAGGGUGCACCCGGCGCAGGAGCCCGAGGAGGCGGCGCACAUCUGGGAGUGCCAGGUGCGGUACGUGACCUUCCUGGGGGUGGGCCGGGACGCGCACACCUUCGCGCUCAUCGUGGACACGGGGCGACGCUUCCAGUGCGCGGCCUUCUGGUGCGAGCCCGACGCCGGCACCAUCUCGGAGGCGGUGCAGGCCGCCUGCAUGGUGCAGUACCAGAAGUGCCUCGUGGCCGCCGCGCCGGGGGCGAAGGCGAAGAGCGCGGCUGGCCGGGGCCGGGCCGGGCCGGCGGCCGCGGGGGACGCUGCCCGCGGGGCGGCCAAGGCGGGAGGAGGCGGCGGCGGGGCGGGGGCCGGGCCCCGCAAGCGGGGACUCUUCUCCUUCCUGGAGGUGUUCCGCCUCCGGCGGGCCCUCCUGCACAGCCCGUAGCGAGCUGCGCCGGGCCGGGGUCGGGGCCGGAGUCGCCGGGGAGGAGCCCCCGGCCCCGGCCCCAACCCCAACCCCGGCCCCG